CGUUUGCCCAGAUUUUAUCUACUGCAGUUCUCACUCUCCGAUUCCACAUUUCCACCACUCUUCUAAGCAGAUACUUUCAAAAAUCUUUGAAAUUCUGAAAUCCCUAGUGACUAUUACCGAUUAGUCCGAAUUCCACCAAUAUGGCUUUGUCUAUUGGGUUGUUUUCAGGAUUUGUUCCCGGAGAAACUACGACGUACUUCAAGCCGUCGUUUUCGGCGUCUACUUUGAGAAUUGCGCCUUCCCUCGCUAACUUGCAGACUUCGCGCACCAUGAUCGUCGCCGCUUCUUCUAAGCCGACCACGGAGACGAAGAAUCCCGGCGUACGAGGCCUCAUGAAGCCACGUCGUGUCUCCCCGGAAAUGCAGGCGUUCCUCGGUGGAGUUGCGGAGACCCCCCGUACUCAAGUUGUGAAGGCCGUUUGGGAUCACAUUAAGAAGCACAACCUUCAGUGGCUGAUAUACAAAAUAAAAAGCUCUUGUUGAUUGACCAACGGUCAUUGCGUGACCCUACAGAGAAGAGGAUUAUUGUGUGUGACGAAAAGCUGAAGAAAAUAUUUGGAGGAAGGGAUCGGGUUGGGUUCCUUGAUAUUGCAGGGUUGAUUAGUCCUCACAUUCUCUAAUUAUUAUUAUUAUUAUUAUUACAACCAGAUGAAUGGUGUGCAUGCUUGCUGCCUAUGAAAAGAAUGUCAAUUUUGUAAAGGAAAGUUUGAUGGCUUAUGCAGACAUGUGUUCCUUAGGAAUCCCAUUCUGCCAUCUUCAUGGUUUCCUUUAUUUUGACUAGUGCCGCUAUUCAACAUGUUAAUGCUGUCUUGCUGAUUACAAUAAUAAUUAUUUCUGUUUUUAUUAUUAGUAUUAUUGUUAUAAUUAUUUUUAUCGAUUUCAUUUUAUCAAUUUCAUUACAAUUGGAAUUACUUUUUGCGCAUCGAUGGGAAAGCAUAUAUCAUAAGCUCCUAUUUGAUUGCUUAUGCUAUCGGUGGCGACGUGGCCUAUCCAAUUUGAGUGCGUAUACCGUGCAACCGGUAUAGGGUACCGUAUAGGAUGAGCACCGUAUACCGGGACGGUUUUAUAUUUUUUUUUCCUUUUGUUUUUAAAAAAUGGUUAUAACUUUUUUAUUUUUGAUCCGAUUUUUAUAAAAUUUAUAUCAACAUUUUUUAUUUUUCAUGAUCUUUCAAAUGAGACCAAUAUUGCCUAUGUAAUUUUAACAUAUUAACAUUUGUGUGUAAAAUAUGUAACUUUAAGUGUUAAAAUAUGUAACUCACGUUCAGUCAAGUCAAAUGCAACUCGUGUGUAUAAAUAUGUAUCUCUACGUGUAACAAUAUGUAACUUUACGUAAAAAAAUAUGUAACUUGCGUUCAGAUAGGUCAAAUGCAACUCGUGUGUAUAAAUAUGUAACUCGUGUGUAUAAAUAUGUAACUUAACGUGUAAAAAUAUGUAACUUUACGUGUAAAUAUAUGUAAGUCGCGUUCAUGCAUGUCAAAUGCAACUCGUGUUUAUAUAUAUGUAACUCGCUUUUAAAAAGAUGUAACUUGCUUAUAAAAAGAUGUAACUUGUUUAUAAAAAGAUGUAACUUGCUUAUAAAAAGAUGUAACUCGCUCAUAAAAAGAUGUAACUCAAUGUAUUAUCAAAUGUAACUGAGGCCACUGAUCCACUCCCAAACAGAUUCGAUCUUCUAUUUCACAAACCUAUCAUCUCCCAAACAGAUUCGAUUUUCCUUAUAAUCCAAUACUCAUUAAUAUAAUAGUUCGAUAAUUUCUUAAAAUUACAUAAGCAAUAUUGGUCUCAUUUGAAAGAUCAUGAAAAAUAAAAAAUGUUGAUAUAAAUUUUAUAAAAAUCGGAUCAAAAAUAAAAAAGUUAUUAUCAUUUUUUAACAACAAAAGCAAAAAAAAAGGGAGGGGACAAGCUGCGUCGUUUUGCAACCGGGCGCACCAUGAGACCAAUUUCCGAUCCAAUUUAUGAUUUGCGAUCCAAUUUGCAUGGUAUAAUUUGCGAUCCAAUUUCCAUAGGUCGAAAAUUUUACAUUUAUGAUUUAUCUAAUCAUGAUUUCGGUUGUAAAGAGCCGGAUGUGCUCAUCA